AUGAGUCAGUCCUCCUCGUCACAAUCAAACGAUCCUGUCCGUGACGAAAGUCCUGGAAUAGCAAACGAAACGCUCCCAAACAUGAGCGAGUCAUCUAGCCAUGCAUCAACCACGGGCACGAACGCGUCACCAUCAAGGCCUCGCGUUCUCUACGGCACUUCCAGAAGACCAGUAGCAAGCGAUGAAGCAACAACACGUUCAUCACCUCCUGUGGUUCUGGGCAUUGUGCCAAUCGACAGACCACGCUCCAGCACUUCUACUGGCAGCGCCGCUUCAAAAAAACCCAAGAGAAAUACCAGAGCAUCAGCAUCAGCAUCGACCAGCAAAGUCACCAAGAAGAAGAACCAGAGAUCUAGCACUUCUUCUGCUGCUGCUGCUACUACAACAACAACCGCUUCAAGCUCAAAUCCAGCCGCGACUGAAAUUAGCAGAACUCAUUCAUCCGCUGAGCUUACCGCCGAUACUCAUCUUAUGACCAGAAGCAACGCUCGCAACCCCAACUCGUUGAUGAACAGCACCAUGCGCUCAGUAACGAAUUCAGACAAUCCCUCUGGCAUCGGCAGAUAUCGUUUACCAGUCCGAUCUGGCAUUGCCGAUGCCGAGCAAUUAGCCACUCCUAUCAGCUCUCGAGGGACCAGAAAUCGCUAUCUUGAAACACCAGCGUUGAAUGCAGAGACCAAUAUUAGCUUCUUCAACAGCAGAAACCGCUUCAGCAGUAACAGCACCAGGGUUGCUCUCAGCGACCAUGAGCAGCAACAGCUUCAGCAGAUGACCACUCAAGCUCGAGCUAGACGCGCCAGAGACACGAUGCACAUAGACUUUGUGCUCAAUCAGGAUUUUCCUUCUGCUAGUGGCGCUGGGGCAGCUAGUCCAGGUUCUGGUGGUGCUACUACUCCCUCUGCACUAAGCGAUUUCGACAGACAAUUCUUUUUCGGGACGCCUCGUACUCGAAUUACCACCGCGGCUACUGGUACAGCUGCCGGUGUUGUAGGAACGUCAGCACCAUCUCCCACCGCUCUUUCACCCCCCGCCGACUCCUCUAGUGACAAGGAGGACCAGCCAGACACGAAGAAGAAAAAGAAGAACAACAGCAGUUAUGUCGAAUCUACCAGGGAUCGCCCAGGGGACAGGGAUGUUGAAAGAUUCAUGCGCCCUGAGCAGCGGCGAUAUGAGGAUACGCUGCUUGAGAUUUUGGAUGGGCUUGAGUUGCCGUUUAAUGCUUGA